CCGCCAGGCAGCGAAGGGGUUAAAAGCAGGAUCUGCUCUGACUGAUCAUUUUCAGCGAGGCUGUGCGAGCAGGACCGCAUGAGCAACUGCAGCGGCAGCAGCAACCGGCUACAUCAGCAGCAGCAGACCUUUUCCUUUCUCUUUCCUUUGGACUUUUACCAAUCGGCUCCUGGGAGCGGAUCGGAGCAGCCGCUCUGAAUGAGAGGGUCGUCUCCUUGGGGGUCUUUUCAAGUAUCUUAAGCCUAUAUCGGUGAGGGGGAGCAUUAUCGAAAUGGCAACGAAAAUCGACAAAGAGGCGUGCAGAGAGGCGUACAAUCUCGUGAGGGACGACGGCACGGAUGUCAACUGGGUGACGUUUAAGUACGAAGGAUCCACCAUCGUCCCAGGGCACCAUGGAGCCGAUUAUGAGGAGUUCAUCAGGGAAUGCACAGAUGACAUUCGGUUGUUUGGCUUCGUCCGAUUCACCACUGGCGAUGCCAUGAGCAAGAGAGUCAAGUUUGCCCUGAUCACAUGGAUCGGUGAGAGUGUCAGUGGUUUGCAGAGAGCCAAAACUGGGACGGACAAGACUUUGGUUAAAGAAGUAGUACAGAAUUUUGCCAAAGAGUUUGUGAUCAGUGACCACAAGGAGCUGGAUGAGGAUUAUAUCAAGAGCGAGCUGAAGAAAGCUGGGGGUGCCAAUUACGAUGCACAGGCAGAGUAAUUGGGGGCAGGGAAUGCACUGUGCCUCUCACAGCCACCUGCCUGCAUCCAGAAGAGGAGGGAGGGGGGAAAGCACAAUCUAUCUUCAAAAUCAACACCAGGAGAUGAAUGGGGGCCAAGUGGGAGGACCAACCUCCUUCGUCUUCUGCACCUUCAGAGUCCCUUCUUGCCUCCCAAAGUGGACAUUGAUUUUUCAUUCCAUCCAGUGAAAACAUCUCCUUCAUACAUGGUCUCUCCUUUUUACAUUAUUGGGUUGUUGUUGUUUUU